UAAGAACAGGAGUAUUUGAAAAAAAUUUCUAUGAGCAGAUUUUUUAAAACUUAUUUAUCAUUCUGAUUAUUUUGCAUUAAAAAAAUACUUUAUAUUGAUGAAAUUUUCAUGUAUGCACAAUUCUUUGAUAUAAAAAUAGUUUAAAAAUAAUUUAUUGGUAAAAAACCACUUAACUGAUUUCAAAAUAUAAGAAUUUUUGAAUUGAAUAGACUGAAUCUAAUAAAAUUUUGAAUUAUGACUCAUCUCACCACUUUAAGCGAAAUGGAUAAAAUUAGCAUUUUAGAUAUCAAUCAAAACAACUGCUCAUGGGCCCUAAAGAAAGAGAGACUGGUGUUAAUAAGCACUCAACUAGCAUGUCUCAUCUGCGUGGCUGGAACUGCUUAUGGAAUUCUGGGAAGUUCAGCCCUUCCUGGAUCCGAAAUUUUCGCUUUGCUCCUGCUGGCUGUUUCAGCAUGGGUAGGAGGAGUCCUGGUAGGAUGUCUAAGACUGCCAGCACUUUUGGGCAUGCUUAUUGUUGGUAUUUUAUUUCGAAAUAUUCCUAGUAUUCCUUAUCAUACUGAUAUUUCCAUCAAGUGGGCAGCCACUCUAAGAGACAUAUCUCUAGUCAUUAUUUUACUGAAAGCUGGUCUAGGAUUGGAUCCUCAGAAACUGCUGGAGUUGAAAUUUCAUGUUUUCAAGCUGUCUGCUCUCCCAUGUCUACUUGAGACAGCUGCUUCGACUGUGCUGGUACACCAUUUCUUGUCUCUACCAUGGCUCUGGGCAGCAAUGUUGGGGUUCAUUGUAUCUGCUGUGUCUGCGGCAGUGCUGGUACCAGGAAUGCUGGCCCUGGAUCAGAGAGGACUUGGAAGGAAAAGUGGCAUUCCCACCUUGGUAAUGGCAUCCGUAUCCAUUGACAACAUCAUUGCUCUCACUGGAUUCAUUGUAACAUUCAGCAUCCUCACCUCCAGUGAAAAUUUAACGUGGACUCUUAUGACACGACUUCUAGAGCCAUUCAUUGGAUUAUUGAUGGGAACGAUUAUUGGAGUACUUCUUUGGUAUUUGCCAAAUGACAAUAAUCCGGAGCCCAUUUUGGUAUACUACAGGAGCACCCUGCUGUGCCUAGGCGGCCUGGGCGUCUCCUUCGUAUGCAAGAGGGUUGGUAUGACAGGAGCCGGGGCACUUGCCUGCGUCAGCCUGGCAUUCGUCGCAUCUCUCCGGUGGCGGCUGAAGGGAGAACAUUUCAAAAAUAUAGCGUGGAUAACGGGUAUUAUGUGGAAUCUCAUUGAACCAUUCCUGUUCGGCCUCAUAGGAGCAGAAAUAACAACUAAAAGCUUAGGAAAAGAUUUAGGAUUUGCAAUAUUAGCUUUAGUUUUAGGAGUUAUAUUUCGAUUCUUGUGCACCAUUUUUGUGUUAUUGGGAUCAAAACUGAAUUUGAAAGAACAAAUAUUCGUUUCUGCAUCGUGGGUGGCAAAGGCAACAGUGCAGGCAGCAGUUGGCUCACAAGCUCUGGACUAUGCAAGAUCUCAUCCUACAGAACUUGAUUUCAAAGACAACAGUCAAAAGGUUUUAAUGAUGUCAGUGGUGUCGAUUCUACUAACUGCCCCACUGGGAGCAGCUUUCAUUGACUUUCUAGCACCCUUCUUACUGAAGGAAGAGUGUUCCGCUUCUUCCACUUCAGCAGAUACUUCCGGCGAGGAGGAAAGGGAAUGCAUCACGGAAGUGACAGUCUCAGACUACGGAGCAAGAAGAUGUGCAAGUGUGGGAGAGAUAGAAGGAUUUCUCCAAGGUCUCAAAAACAACGUUAAUGAUUAAAUACAAGUAUGUAGAUUGCAGAUGAUUCUAUUCUACAUCAGAUUUUAAACAAAUGCAAUCCAAAGAAAAUGGAAUGAUGAUAAAAAAAAAAAGGUUUAAAGCAAGUUAUUCAUCACAUUUUUGUUAAUUAAAAUCUCAGAGCAGGCAACGAAAGUUGAAGUAACAAUGAAUUAUUUUUCUGUUCAAGCGAAGUCCGUCCAAAAAGACUGGCAGAGGAUUUGCUUCUUUCGGUAAACCGAAUUUACAACGUGUUGAAGAAAUUGUCAAUAUGUAGUAUUAAGGUUUAAAGGUUAUUCUUCAUGUAUUUUAUUAAAACAUUCUAAAGUAAGA